GGCCGGCGGGAAGGACUAGGAGGUGAGCCGCAGCCGCAGACACGCGAACAAGGCUGGGUGCAAUGCCAUUUGCUGCCAAUCUUCGCCGCGGCGUGAGAACGGCAAAACGCUCGGACCGCUCGGCCGGCACGCGUCUUCUCGGCUGAGGGACGCUACUCCAAAGUACUUCUAGGCGUAGUGAACGCCAAGGCCGCUGCCGCAAUAUCAGGCCGCCACGGCUUCGCGGCGAGCGGAUGUGUGAUGCGUUCGAAGCUGUUGAUUGCAAUGGCUACUCUUGUCGAACGAAUGAGAAUGAUCCCAUCCUUCCUCUCUUUUCCUCACAUCGCAACUUCAAACGACAAUGGCUCAAGAGGAUCGCAUUGAAUCUGGUGACGCAAGCUCGAUCACGCUCCCCGCAAUCACCCAGCCCCAGGUCACGAAAGAGACCCAAAGUUCAGAGACACAGACGCCAAUUGGCGAGAGGUCAAACGAGAAGGGCGUCGCAGACAAGAUCAAGGGAUCAGACCAGGUGAAGGUCACCACGGAGGAAUACGACGAGUUGAGCGGCAACAAUGAGACCGUCUUUGAUGCCGCGGGUGAGCCGAUUGUUGUCACCGGCUACGACGUCUCUCGCUACAUCGUCUCAACUCGUGAUGACGGCGAUCCUCCCCUCACUUUUCGUUGCAUCGUACUGGGUUCCUUGUUCUCUCUACUCGCCAGCACAAUUCAUAUGAUCUACACCUUCAAGCCCGCCCAAGCAGGCGUCAGUGGCCUCUUCCUUCAGAUUGUAGUCUGGAUCUUUGGCCAGGCAUGGGCCCGCUUCACCCCUUCGCCAGAGCGUUUCAAGUCCGCCACGGUGCAGCGUGUCCUGCGUUUCCUCAAUAGCGGUCAGCCAUUCCUGAUCAAGGAGCAUGUCAUUGCGGCUCUCAUCUCGGGAGCGAGCAGCAAUGCUCAGGCUGGCAUUGAGAUCUUUGCCGUCGAGCGACUCUACUACAACAAGAAUACGGACGUCCUCACCGCCCUCCUGGGCACCUUCUCCGUCACUACCAUUGGCUUCGUCCUCGCCGGCUUUAUGCGUCCUCUCAUCGUCUACCCCAGCGAGAUGGUCUUUUGGGGCACGUUGCCGCAGGUGGUGCUCUACCAGAACCUGCAUCACGACAUGAAGAACAAUCGAGAGCGCGUCAUCAAGUUCACACGCUGGUUCUCUCUCGCCUUUCUGUGGGAAGUGGUGCCCGCGUGGAUCGCGCCCAUGGCGAGUGGCUUGUCAGUCUUCUGCUUGGCCUCACUAAGGGCGCCAAAAGACACUCAGCAGGUGAUGACGAAUGUCUUUGGUGGGGCGGGGAGUAAUGAGGGCCUGGGCUUGGGCAACAUCAGCCUGGACUGGCAGUACAUCCAAUCCGGCUUCCUAUCGCUCCCCUUCAAGCAGCAAGCCAACUCCUGGAUUGGCCUCGCCAUCGGCUUCAUCGUUAUGCCCGCCCUCUACUACGGCAACGCCUGGGGCGCCAAGUCUCUUCCUUUCAUGUCCACUGACCUCUUCACGCAAGACGGCCGCCACUUCAAGCUGCUCAGCGUGAUCGGCGAUGAUUUCAAGGUCGACCGAGCCAAACUAGCCGAGGUAGGCCUCCCCCGAAUGACCGCCACCACGCUUUGGGGCUUCUUCACGCAGAACUGCGCAAUUGGCGCCCUCAUCACGCACGUCCUCCUCUUCUACGGCUCCUCCGUCAUCAAGACGCUCAAGCACACGCGCGCAGGCACGCUGCAAGACCCACACUACCAGGCGAUGCGCAAGUACAAGGAGGUUCCCUUCUGGUGGUACGGGCUGGUCUUCUCCCUGUCCAUUCUCGCCGGUGUGAUCGUCAAUGCCAAAGGAACGACGACCCUCCCCGUGUGGGGCCUCUUUGUUGCCCUAGCCCUCGGAUUCUUCAUCGCCCCGUUCUCUGCCAUCUUGCUCGGCCUCUUCGGCAACAGCGUUGCCACAAACGGCCUCAGCAAAAUGGUCGCCGGCAUAGUACAUCCUGCCUCGCCCCUCGCCAACCUGUGGUUUGCCGCUUUUAGUCACCAAAUCGUGGUCCUCGGCCUGAAUCUGUCCAAUUGGCUCAAGAUAGGGCAGUACACCAAGGUGCCGCAUCGCGUCCUUUUCCUCGCGCAGAUGUACGCGAGCCUGCUUGGGGCCUUCUUCAGUUACGUGAUCAUGGCUACAAUUGUGAGCAGAGAGAAGCCGUUGCUACUGAACGCCAAUCAGGGCGACCACACGUGGAGUGCAGCCCAUAUUGGCGGGGUGAAUACUGCGUCAAUCACGUGGGCGAUGGCGAGGGAUGUAUACUCUUUGAAGGGUCCCUACGGCAUAGUGCCGCUCGGGUUGUUGAUCGGUGCGGGGGCCCCUUUGCUUCACUUCUUUGUUAUGAAAGCCCUGAAGCGAUUCAAGGAGAGGAAGGGACGCAACCAAGGUGUCCACAACCGGAACGCCGUCUCGCCGUCGCGCUUCCCCAUCGCCGCGCCCAUCAUCAUCGCAUACUCGGGCGCCUACCACUCCGGCAUCACCAGCCAGAUGAUGUCGACGAUCCUUGUUGGCGUAUUGAGCCAGUACGUGAUGCGCACCCGCAGGGCCAGGUGGUUCAACCGCUGGAAUUACUUGCUAGGCGCAGCGCUGGACGGUGGAUCAGAGACCAUGAUCUUUGUCCUGAGCUUUGCCGUCUUGGGAGCGGGAGGCAAGGCGGUGCGCUUUCCCAGGUGGUUCGGCAAUCUGGACCAGGACAAGGAUGGGCAAUAUCCUGAUCAUUGCACUGUCUUCUGAUCGCGUCGAGCCAGAGCGAGAUGAAUGAAGGUGGCUGCACAUUCUUGUUCUUCUUCCUUCGGUCCGAAAAUCGCGAGACGGGUCUACAUUGCGUGCACAUCGCCUGGUACGGAUGA